AUGGCAGAGCCAGAUGAAGUGGAGGAAGAUCUCUUUGCCGAUCUAUACGAUGGCGACGAAAAUGCCAGAUCGAACAAUGCCCCUGCUCCUGUUGCAGCCCAACCGAACUCGAGCGACACUGCUAUGAAAGCGAAUGACGUUCCAGGCUAUGGCGAAGAACCAGAAAUUCACUACGAUCCUACCUCCUUCGAUGUUGAACCCUCUGGUCAAGAUGAACAGGCAAAUGGUACCCAGAGCCAAAAACAAGAUCAAGAUUCUUCUGAGAAACCAUCACACCCCGAACCAUUCGGCAUCAACAUGAAAGAAGAUGGGUGA